AGUGCCAAAGCUGACCCAGAGGAGCUGUUCACCAAGCUGGAGCGCAUUGGCAAGGGUUCGUUUGGCGAGGUGUUCAAAGGCAUCGACAAUCGCACCCAGAAAGUAGUGGCCAUCAAGAUCAUAGACCUGGAGGAAGCGGAGGACGAGAUCGAAGACAUUCAGCAGGAAAUCACAGUGCUGAGCCAGUGCGAUAGCCCCUUUGUCACCAAGUACUACGGCUCAUACCUGAAGGACACUAAGUUAUGGAUCAUUAUGGAGUAUUUAGGUGGAGGCUCAGCAUUAGAUUUGAUGGAGCCUGGCGCUCUGGACGAGACCCAGAUCGCCACGAUCCUGAGAGAGAUCCUCAAGGGCCUGGAGUAUCUGCACUCUGAGAAGAAGAUCCACAGGGAUAUUAAAGCCGCCAACGUGCUGCUGUCCGAGCAAGGAGAGGUGAAGCUGGCAGAUUUCGGUGUGGCGGGACAGCUCACCGACACUCAGAUCAAACGCAACACGUUUGUUGGCACGCCCUUCUGGAUGGCCCCCGAGGUCAUCAAGCAGUCGGCGUACGACUCGAAGGCCGAUAUCUGGUCUCUGGGCAUCACAGCCAUCGAGCUGGCGAAAGGCGAGCCGCCCCACUCAGAGCUCCACCCCAUGAAGGUUUUAUUCCUCAUCCCAAAGAACAACCCGCCCACGCUGGAGGGCAACUACAGCAAACCGCUCAAGGAGUUUAUCGAGGCCUGUCUCAACAAAGAGCCCAGUUUUAGGCCAACUGCCAAAGAGCUGUUGAAGCAUAAGCUGAUCGUUCGCCAUGCGAAAAAGACCUCCUACCUGACUGAGCUGGUGGACAAGUACAAGAGGUGGAAGGCAGAGCAGUCGAGAACCACAGAGUCCAGUUCUGAUGAGUCUGACUCAGAGCAGGACGGCCAAGCGUCGGGCGGGAACGACUUUGGCAGCGAUGACUGGAUCUUCACUAUCCGAGAGAAAGACCCCAAGAAGCUGCAGAACGGGGAGGGACAGUCAGCAGACCAGACAAAAGACAUUCCAAAGAGGCCUUAUUCACAGAGCCUGGGCACAGUCAUCUCUCCUGCAUUAGCUGAGCUGAAGGCGAGACAGGAGCAGGUGAAUGGGAACCCCAUGGUCCUGGAUGAGCUGAGGGAGGCCAUCCUGCUGGCUGAGGAGGCCUACCCAGGCAUCUCCGAUUCCCUGGUGGCUCACAUGGUCCACAGGCUCCAGAGUUUCUCCACAAGCAGGACGUCCUCCUCCUCUCCCUAGUAAUUGGCUCUCUGCCCCAGCCCUGCUCUCCCAGGCCCCCACCCCCCCAACACCACAGCCAGGUCAGAGGGUUAAAAGCCAGGGGUCGAGUCAUUCAAUACCAGCUGACCACGUUUGACCUCCCGUGUCGGGGGGGAGGGCUAAUCUAGCCUGUCAAAAUUACUGAACUCCAAAGCGGAGGAUAACAGAGAGACUCUGGAGAGCUUCUUUUAGCCACUUACAAGAGGAGAAGUUCGGGGGGGCAGCAGAACCCGUGGAAUCAGCUGUGAUGGGACAAGACUCAAAGUCAGAGCAACCCACAGGAAAAAAACGGCAACAGCCAAGUCGGACUCUGGGCUCUCUGUAUAUGCGAGACUUCCCUAGCCUCCCACCGCGGAGUCCCUAUAUGGAAUUUGCUCGACGAGGAGCCCGAAAAAUCUCCCCCAAAUCCAAGACAAGACUUCAAUCCCCCUCUUAAUGCAGGCGUCAUAUCCCCAGAACCUCUGAAAGCAUGCUUGAUGAACCUGCAGGGAUGUUCUCUUUAGUGUACAAGCUGCGUGUGUGGUGUGUGUGUGUGCGUGUUUAAAUGCACAACCUGUGUGUGGGCACCUGUGAGCGUGUCUGUGUGUUUGUGUGCACGUGUGCUCUCGCGUAUGUAAGACUCCCUGUUGAGGCAAAUUGCAGCAUUCUUAAUGAAACCUCAGGUAAAGUGCUUUAAGUGGACUUUGUCCUCCGAGGCAGUGGGAGGAGGAGGGAAAGAGGAGGAGGAGGAGGAGGAGGGGGGGGUGGGGUCGCCAUGCUGUACAUGAUUACGAGUUGUCAUUGCGGGAAAUGAAUCACUGUGUACAAAAUGGUCAUGCGCAUUUUGUAGAUAUUGAUAAUGUUUAAAAGUAGAUAUUUAAAGAUUUCAAAAAGUUACUCCAACAGAAAGAACAGAAAAUGCCUUGCCUUUUUGAGAUACACACGUCUACGUUCUGGCAUUUCAUCAGAGAUUUUAGUUUGUUUCCUUUUACUCGUCGGUGAGUGAAAUUCAGUAUUCAUCAGUGUUUUCUUACUAAGUGACUGAGCUCCAAUCUCCAUUUCAAUCACCUGCUGAAUCAUCCAACUAACUAUGAUACUAAGCUUACUUUGUGUAGAGGCAGAAGCUUUCCUUUGUUUUUGUAGUCAGGAGGGAGAACUUCCCACCUGCACUUAUGUUUAGACAAUUUAAGUCAGUUUUGAAAUUGUUUAGAACAAGAAUGAAGGUAGAUCUGUCGACAGUGGCUCUUUAAAUAAGGAUAACAAGUAUUGAGUGAAGCCGAGGACAAUUACAAGGGGAAACCACUACGGGCGGAUGAACGCUGAUAUCAUGUGAAGUAUUAUUAUUUUUUCCUUGGCUUGUAAUUUCUCCUUAGUGUUAAUUAAAAACUGUAAAGUGGAGGUGAAGGGUAACUGGCGAGGACCAUCGUAGGCAAUCGCAUCAUGACACUCGCUCACGGCCAAACUAAAGCGCAGAUCAGGACAAGCCAAGCUGCAGAGAUCAACGCCAUCCUUAUUUCCUCACUCCAGACAUUUCUGUUCUCACUUCCACACCAUGCUAGAAGUGCCAUGUCCUCUUUUAUGCUUUCACCAGAUGUUUGUAGUAUGAUUUGCACCUUUUGUAGUAUUUUUUUUUUUUUUUGCACUUUGAAAGUGUCGAGUAUUUAAAGAAAACCUGUAAGAGGAAAAAAAAACAGAAAAUGAAAAAAGUUGCUAAUAGCCAUGUUUUACUAUAUAUGUUUACUUAAGAGUUCCAGAAUUUACUACUGUGCUAAUGCAGCAAUAAUGUUGAGGAGUUGCAUCAAGACGCACUUGUCAACACAGGGAUCGAAAGAAAUUAAGAAAUAUCUGAUAUUUUUAUAACUGCAAAGAGUUAAGUAUGGAAAUAUGGAAUGCUUUAUGGAUAUGGGCACCUGCCUCUGGCAAAAAAUAUCUAUACCUUACAGAAAAACAUAUGCUACGGAAAUAACUACAAAAUGUGUACAUUUGGUCUCCUUUAUCAUAGCUGACAGUUUAUAGUACUGUAUAUAAUCUUUGCUUGUGUCAUUUGAGAAUUCCCAAGUUAAAUGUAAGCUCCUUGUAAGCUUUCAAAGUGACAUGAGAAAUAAAGAUCUAAUGCUAACUGAGAA